GCUAAAUGACCUUUUAUAGUUGGACCCGCUAUUUUCAUUAAUUACAAAAUCGCCGGUUUACGUUUCCAAAAUCACGGUUACAAGCAGUUACCAUUCACAACUGUCAUCCAACGUUUUGACCGAUGCUCGGUAAUGGCGAGUCAACCAAUUUGUGUCGCUCGGCAGGUGCGACACGUGAGUACGUGUACACAUCAAGCGAUAGGCGGCACCGUUGGCACCGCGCCUAUCAUUAAACGCUAUUGCGCAUGAUAAGCAUUUCGCGCGUGUGUGUGUGUGUAAGUGUGUAUGUGUGUGUGUAUGUGUGUGACCGUUUUCCGAGAUAAUCCCACAAUAAUUCUAUUCGCGCUUACUCGAGGUAUAAGAUAAUGUCCGCCACGAAAAUUUCAGUCGCUCGCGAAUUGUUGGGAGUUUCACGUCGACUACUUCGACUUCUCGAUACCGUCUCGUCGAGUAGAAAAAUUGCUGAUUCUAAAUUUUUGCAGUAAAAAUGCCGACCUACAAGCUGAUGUACUUCAACGUGACCGGCCUCGCGGAGCCGAUCAGAUACAUGUUUAAUUAUGCCGGCAUCGAAUUCGAGGAUUUUCGAUUCGAAUCUGAAGAUUGGCCGAAAUACAAACCAGAUAUGCCCAUGGGGCACGUACCGGUUUUGGAGAUCGACGGCAAGAAGUACGAUGAAUCCAGAGCGAUCGGCCGCUAUUUGGCGAAGAAGUGCAAUCUGUACAGCUCCGAUGGAAUUGAAGCCCUUGAGAUCGACGCCGCCGUUGAUUCCCUCGAAGAUUUAAGAAAACUCGCGGCCAUGUACCAUGGGCAGGAGGACCCCGUAAUCAAAGAGAAGUUGAAGGAAGUCGUAACUGAAAAAGUGCCCUUCUACUUCAAUAAGUUCGAAGAGCAGGUGAAAAAGAACGACGGCCACUUCGUCCGCGGCAAGCUGACAUGGCCGGAUAUUGUAUACGCCGCGCUAAUCGAUCGCAUACACGAGUUCGCGUCGCGGAUGUUGGACAUCGAUCACCCGGAAUUGAAGAAACUGGUGGAGAAGGUGAACGCUAUUCCCAGCAUCAAAGCAUAUCUCGAGAAACGUCCCAAGACUAAGUUCUUUUUUGCAGUAAAAAUGCCGACCUACAAGCUGAUAUACUUCAACGUGACCGGCCUCGCGGAGCCGAUCAGAUAUAUGUUUAAUUAUGCCGGCAUCGAAUUCGAAGAUUUUCGAUUCGAAAUUGAAGAUUGGCCGAAAUACAAAGCAGAUAUGCCCAUGGGGCACGUACCGGUUUUGGAGAUCGACGGCAAGAAGUACGAUCAGUCCAGAGCCAUCUCCCGCUACCUCGCCAAGAAGUGCAACCUCUACAGUGAUGAUGAGAUUGAAGCCCUCGAGAUCGACGCCGCCAUCGACUCCCUCGAAGAUUUAAGAAAACUUGUGGCCAUGUACCGUCGGCAGGAGGACCCUUUCAUCAAGGAGAAGUUGAAGGAAAUCGUAACUGAGAAAGUGCCCUUCUACUUCAACAAGUUCGAAGAGCAAGUGAAGAAGAACGGCGGCCACUUCGUCCGCGGCAAGCUGACUUGGCCGGAUAUUGUAUAUGCCGCGCAAAUCGAUCGCAUACACGAGUUCCUGUCGCAGAAGUUGGACAAUUAUCACCCGGAAUUGAAAGAACUGGUGGGCAAGGUGUGCGCCAUUCCCAGCAUCAAAGCGUAUCUUGAAAAAUGUCCCAAGACUCCGUUCUAAAUCAAAACAAACAUCCAACAUCCACAUUGUAACAACAAUAAUCCUAUCUUGUACAUACGCAUUGUACUCGACUGCGUACUCCUUGUCACAUAUUGCUCCUCGCAAAUUACGACGGACCUUCCGUCAGAGAAGCUAACACGCUUGCUGCGGAAUAACUCGUGCCGCAAUUCCAGCGUAAAAAGUAUUAAUGUCGUUACAUGUUCGAUGCAAGAGAACAUU